CGGAAGUUCGAGGAGAGAACUAUAACGUCCGAGCAAGGCUCCCAUUUCUACCAACGCAACCUGCCUCGAAAGGGCAGUUUCGUCAUUCUGCCAGAAUCUGACGCCUGCGGCUUGAUUGCGGCGCUGGCUGCAAAGGCGCGCAACUCCAAUGGGCAAUGUGCGUCCCUGACCGUCAUGGAGGAGGACUUGCUGAUCAUGUCGCAUCGUCGUCGCAGCAGCAUAGCUCAGCUGGCCCGUCAAGUGGACGCCUAUCCAGACGACUCUGACGAGGCAAUAUCCUCUUCCGCAAAUCGACACGAGACAAGUAAGACCUCCGGGCCUACAGUUCGAGACACAGCCGCCUCAAAGUCAACAGGUUAUCAGUUUGAAGAUUCCGGAGGUUGUCAUGACGGCAAGGCUGCAAAGGAGACGCCAAAAGUUGAGUCAGAGGUUAAAGGGCAGACAAACUCGCCUAGAGAAGGACAACCGAGCCAAGAGGUGAAGGCGUCGGUGGAACAGGAGUCGACUCGUUCCGAAUGGAAGAAUAAAGAGGCCCAACCGAGAGGGCACGAGGAACACGAGGCCCAGUGCUCCGCUGGACAGAGCAAGGGCGGCAUGUCUGUUGCGGGUAAAGGGGAAAAAGGGAAGAAUCGCCCGAAAAAACGAUGGUGGAGGCUCGGACAGAAAUCCACUGAAAGUGCACCCGCCAAGGCGACCUCAGACAGCGUGGACAAUUCGAGCAACGUCUCCUCUUUCCAGUUGAAUUCACUUUUUAUUUCUGCUUUGAAGCCUGUCUUUUUCGACUCACGCCGACAACGUCGGCACCAAUUCAAUCAGACAGAGUCGCGAUAG